AUGCCCCCCGGCCGCGACUUCACGGGGCUGGUGUCAGAGUACGUGCACACCGCCAGCCGCGAUGAGGCCGAGGACGAGGGCGUGCGCGCGCUGGCGGCCCGCACCUGGGCUGCGCUCAAGCGCACCACCAAGGCCGGCCAGCGCCGCACUCUGCCGGAGAUGGCGGAGAUCGAUGCGCUGCUCAAAGGCGUGCGUGGCGCCACCGUGGUCUACUUCCUGGACGAGACCUUUGAGGAGGUGGCCUACGACAUGAGCACCACCGUGGCAGAGGCCGUGGAGGCCAUUGCCUCCCAGAUCAAGCUGGAGCACUACCAGACCUUCAGCCUCUUCUCCGUGCACAAGAGCAAGGGCGGGCAGCCGCAGGACACGGUGGGCGGCGGGGACGAGCAGGUGUCCCUGGACGACACGCGCUACAUCGCCGACGUUCUGUUCGACUUCAAGGCGGCCAAGGCCAAGGAGGGCACCGCGCCGCGCCUGCUCUUCCGCAAGAAGAUGUUCCGCGAGACCGACGAGGCCAUCACCGAGCCGCGCUUCAUGGCCCUGUCCUACAUCCAGGCCCAGCACGACUACCUGGAGGGACAGUACCCCGUCAUCCGCGACGACGCCGCGCAGAUGGCGGCCCUGCAGCUGGCCCGCGACGGGCCUGCCUUCGAGGCGGCGCUGGAGAAGUACGUGACGCGUGCGGUGCUGUCCGGUCGCCCGCGUGAGGAGUGGCGCGCGGACGUGGGCGCGCGCUACCGCGCGCUGGCGGCCUCCUCGCGCGACGAGGCGCAGGCCGGCUUCCUGCGCAUCAUCCGCAGCCUGCCCUACGGCAACGCCGCCUUCUUCGCCGUGCGCAAGAUCGACGACCCCAUCGGCCUUCUCCCCGCCAAGCUCAUCCUGGGCAUCAACAAGCGCGGCGUGCACUUCUUCCGCCCCGUGCCCAAGGAGUACCUGCACUCCGCCGAGCUGCGCGACAUCAUGCAGUUCGGCUCCAACGCCAGCGCGGUGUUCUUCAAGAUGCGCGUGGCGGGCGUGCUGCACGUCUUCCAGUUCGAGACGCGGGCCGGGGACGAGGCACACGUGGCGGAGCUGCAGCGGCGCCUGGACGAGGCGGCGGCAGCGCUGGCGGAGCGCGAGGCCGAGCUGGACGGCCUGCGUGCAGAGCGCGCCAACCUGCGCGACGAGGUGGCCGUGCUGCGCGGCCUGGACCCCGCCGACGCCAAGCUGGCGCGGGCCGAGGAGCGGCACGCGGCCGAGGUCGCGCGGCUGGGCGCCGAGCUGGCCGCUGCGCGUGGACCGGCCCAGGACCAGCUCCGCGCCAAGGACGCCAAGAUCAAUGAGCUGCUGCGCGAGCUGCGCGCCGACGUGGAGCGCCGCGAGCGCCAGCAGGCCGAGGUGGUGGCCAGCCAGGCCAAGCGCCUGGAGGAGCUGGACCGGCUGUACCGCGACGAGAGCCUGGCGCGCAAGAAGGCGCACAACGCGCUGGAGGACGCCAAGGGCAAGAUCCGGGUGUACUGUCGCGUGCGCCCGCUGCUGCCCUUCGAGCGCGAGCGCGGGCAGGAGAUGGCCGUGCAGCUCCCCGACGAGCUCACCAUCUCGCUGACCUACCUGGAGAAGAAGCGGGAGUACGCCUUCGACGCCGUGUUCCCGGGGGGGACGCCCCAGGAGCGCGUGUUUGAGGACACGCGCCACCUCAUCCAGUCCGCGGUGGACGGCUACAACGUCUGCAUCUUCGCCUACGGCCAGACAGGGUCGGGGAAGACCUUCACCAUCUACGGCAACGAGGAGCUGCCAGGGCUGACCCCGCGCGGCGUCACCGAGCUCUUCGACAUCAUCGACCGCGACGCGGGCAAGUUCUCCUUCCGCGUCGAGUUCAAGCAGCCCAAGCUGGACAUCAAGAAGGACCCCAAGGGCGUGGUGACGGUGCCCGGGGCCACGAUCGUGGAGGCCACCUCCGCGCGCGGCCUGCUGGCCACGAUCGAGGCGGGACUGGCGAGGCGCCACGUCAGCAGCACGGCCAUGAACCGCGAGUCUUCGCGGUCGCACCUCAUCAUCACCAUCGGCGUGGAGGCCACCAACCUGCAGACGCAGUCCGUGUCGCGCGGCAAGCUGUCCUUUGUGGACCUGGCCGGCAGCGAGCGCGUGAAGAAGUCCAAGUCGGAGGGCGCGCAGCUGAAGGAGGCCCAGGCCAUCAACAAGUCGCUGUCGGCGCUGGGCAACGUCAUCGCCGCGCUGGCCACCGAGCAGGGGCACGUACCCUAUCGCGACCACAAGCUGACCAUGCUCAUGUCCGACUCCAUCGGCGGGACCGCCAAGACGCUCAUGUUCGUCAACGUGUCGCCCGUGGACGCCAACCUGGACGAGACCAACAACUCGCUGCAGUACGCCACGCGCGUGUCCACCAUCCGCAACGAGGUGGGCAAGAACGAGGCCAACAAGGACGUGCUGCGCCUGCAGCGCCAGGUCGCGCACUGGAAGGAGCAGGCGGGGCUGGCGCCCCACCUCCGGGACUACGUGGACCUGGUGGAGAUCAAGGAUGCCGUCCAGAACGGGGAGGAGAUCGAUCGCUCCAGGCUGCACAGCGUGCUCCGGGAGCUCUUCAUGCACCGAUUCAGGAGUCUGAGUCGCGUGCAUGUGGAUGAUACGGGGGUGGUGCUCCUGCAGGGAGGUACAGUGAAGCACAUGUACAGCACCGACACCGAGCACCUGUUCAGGCAGGAGCCCUAUUUCCACUACCUGUUCGGGGUUGAUGAGCCGGGUUGCUAUGGCGCCCACGACAUCCGCACCUGCCAGGCCUUCCUCUUCGUCCCUCGACCCAGCCCAGACCAGGAGGUCUGGAUGGGCCCGGUCCGAAACCUGACCUACUACCUCCAAAAGUAUGGCGUAGACGAAGUGCACUACGUGGACGAGAUGGCAACGGUGCUGAAGCAGAUGGCGCCGCCGGCGCUGCACAUGCUGCACGGCCGUGACUCGGACAGCGGCCGGGGCAUGCCGCUCGCCCACUUCCACGGCAUCAGCGACUUCCAGCUGGAGAGGAGCGGCCUCUUCGUUGCGCUGACCGAGAUGCGCGUCUUCAAGCUGGACAUGGAGGUGGAGAUCAUGCGCUACUGCGCACGCGUGGCUGCAAGUGCCCACAUCAGGGUCCUGCAAGCGGUCAGGCCCGGCAUGUACGAGUACCAGCUGGAGUCCCUGUUCCUGCACGACAUCUACAGCGAGGGCGGGUGCCGCUUCUCGCCCUACACCCCCAUCUUCGGGUCGGGCCCCAACAGCGCAGUCCUGCACUACGGCCACUCCGGCGCGCCCCACGACCGCCGCAUCGCGGACGGCGACCUGGUGCUGGCCGACGCCGGCGCCGAGUACUACCGCUAUGGCUCCGACCUCACGGUCACCUUCCCCGCCAACGGGCGGUUCUCCCCUCGCCAGCGGGUGGUGUAUGAAGCGGUGCUGGAUGCGCGGCGCGCGGUGCUGGCGGCCAUGCGCCCCGAGGUCUGCUGGACCGACCUGCACCUGGUGGCGGAGGAGCGGAUCCUGGCGGCGCUGACGCGCGCGGGGCUGCUGGUGGGCGACCCAGCGGAGCAGGUCGCGGCGCGCCUGGGCGCACUCUUCAUGCCCCAUGGUCUGGGCCACUUCCUGGGCAAGCAGACGCACGAUGUCGGCGGGUACGUGGCCGGCCGCUUCCGCGAGCGCCCCACGCAGCCGGGGCUGGACCGCCUGCGCACUGCGCGCAUCCUGGAGCCGCACAUGGUGCUGACCGUGGAGCCAGGGUGCUACUUCAUCCCGGCCCUGCUGGAGCCGGCGCUGGAGGGGGGGCCCCUGCACCGCUUCCUGGUGCCGGAGGAGAUCCGGUGCUACAUGGGCAUGGGGGGGGUGAGACUCGAGGAUGACGUGCUGGUGACCAAUGAGGGAUGCGAGGUGCUGGCCUCCCUCCCGCGCGCCGUUGAGGAGGUGGAGGCGGUCAUGGCGGGCGCGGACUGGAUGGUAGUAUGA